AUGGACCCUUUUCAAUGGCAGCAAUAUCCACAGCCUGGAGCUUCCUCUUCCGUAUCCGGAACUUCUGAACUCUUCAGUUCAACUUACGCCAUGUUGAGUGAUACUGCUUCCGCACCAUACCCUGAUCAAUGGCACGAGAAUAAAUCAGGUUUGCGCUCCAACUUAAUUCCUUGGAAACUUCCUGGUUUUGCACCAGAAUUUACCGUUUAA